AUGCCAUCGCCUAGUACCACAUCGCCUUGUGAGGAAAGGUUUACGCUGUGGUAUAAAAGGGACAGCAGCUACACGGUUAUCAAACUGGCCAAGCAACAGCAAACACAGACAAAAGGUCAGCGGAUGUUCUUCAGGCUGGAGGAAGUUAUUGAGGGUGCCCUCCAGGCAGAUCGCGUACUUGCUGCCGCGAGUGAGGAUCGGGAAAAGCCGGUCUCCGCUGUUCCUCUGCAGCAGACGGAUCUCCUUUUCUGGUUGGCCUGCCCAGUGACCAACUUCCUCCUGCCCGGAGGGAACAGCGAUGUUAGAGAGAGCGAGAGCGCGAGGGAGAGAGCGAGAGCGAAUACUCCGCUCACUCUUUGUGUUGAUCGACAGGCCACCGGACUCUGUGUCUGUGCGGAGGGAUUUGCUGGGAGUGACUGUGGAACAAUUGUACAUUCCGGAAACAUCGUCUGGGGGACCGUCACUCCUGCUGAGCAUCUCCCAGCAGACGAUGGUCCCCUGAGGCGUCUGGGCCACUCAAUGGUGGAAGGCCCAAGCUCCACCCUCUGGAUCUACGGAGGCCUGUCCCUUAGGAACGGGAUUUUGAACAGUGUUUACAAGUUCUCCCUCAGCGACCGCCGGUGGAGCCCUGAGGUAAGGCCAGGGGGCCCAGCUCCCAGAGCACGGUAUUUCCACGCCGCAGCAUCAUUGGGGCCUGCUCUGGACACCAUGUACCUGGCCGGAGGACUGACCGACGGUGGAGUGACCGGUGACUUCUGGCUGCUGGACCUGGCCAAGGCAGAGUGGACGGAGGGAGAGUCGGACCUCCUGCCCCCAGUCGCUGGCCACACUCUGACCCCAUGUCGGAACUCCAUCCUGCUACUCAUCGGAGGUUACUCUCCUCAGAACGGCUUUAACAACAAGCUCCUGGAAUACAACAUCAGCUCGGCAAACUGGAGUGUCAGCCAGCACACGGGAACAGCCCCUACAGGUUUAUAUGGCCACUCAGCCAUUUACCACCAGGCCACGGAUGCUGUCUAUGUGUUUGGGGGUUACCGGUUUUACCUGGAGAGUGUAUCAGCUUCCCCUGAGCUGUAUAGCCUACACUUACCCACCCUGAGCUGGAGUCUCCUCGUCCCCUCCCAUGGUGUCAAGCCCCUCGCCCGCUUUUUCCAUGUUUCCGCCUUAUUCCGAGACACGAUGGUAGUAGUUGGAGGCCGCACAGAGCGGGAGGAUUUCAGUGCUGCUAUCUUGCUGUACCAGAUCAACUGUAACAUUCGGAACAGUAACACCCCUACCCACUACACCAGACUGACUCUCUUCUCACCGACAUUUCCCUGGCUGGCCGUGCUGGGUGAGCCGAUGAGGGGUUCGGUUGCCCAUGCCGCUGUUGCUCUGAAGAAGAAGUUGUACAUUUCUGGGGGCUACGGCGGAGUGCUCCUGCCCUCGAUGGUGACACUCCGUGUCCCACUGGAUCCCUGCCUGAUCUUCUCCAGCCCCGGGGAGUGUAACAGCAGCAGCUGUGUCUGGUAUCGCUCUCUCCACAACAGCAGCUGCCUGUCUGCGGAUGAAGCCGAGAGGUACGGGUUCGAGGCAGCCAGCUCUCUGUGUGACCCCCUGGCCAGGCUCGCCGAGGACUGUCGCAGGCUCAGAACCUGCAGCGAGUGUCUCGCCCGACACCCCAGGGUCAUUGGACAAAUGCAGCAGCUGAGGUGCAAAUGGUGCACCAACUGCCCAGAGGGAGCUUGUAUCAGCACCAACUCCAGCUGCACGAAGGAGAACGACUGCCGCAUUAACCAGCGAGAGAUCUUUGUCGCCGGUAACUGCUCGGAAAUAUCAUGCGAAGCCUCAGACUGCAGCAAGUGCACAGCUUCUGGGAAGUGCAUGUGGACCCGGCAGUUCAAACGCACAGGGGAGACCCGCCGGAUCCUCAGCGUGAGCCCUGCCUAUGACUGGACGUGCUUCAGCCACUCUCUGCGCAAUGUCUCCCCCAUGCCCGUGGAAUCCUGCCCUCCCGAACCAUGCCCAAGACCGUGCCACAACCUCACCACCUGCAGUGCGUGCCUGAGCUCAAACGGCUCUGAUGGAGGCUGGCAGCAGUGUGUCUGGAGUCUGGCUUUGCAGCAGUGUAUGAGCCCAAGUUUCCUGCCUCUGCGAUGUGCUGCUGGGAUGUGUGGCCGCCUGCUGAAGGGGCAGAGGGCCAGCUGUAACCUGUCAUGUGCCAGCUACCAGCAGUGCUCCCACUGUAUCCGACACUCUCACUGUGGAUGGUGUGCCACCCGCGGCCUCAACGGAAUCGGCAGGUGUAUCCAGGGCGGCCUGAAUGGGCCUCAGGAUGACAGUGGUCAAACCUGCCCAGCGUCCGAGGGCAGCUGGGCCUUCAUGUCCUGUCCACCAGAGAACGAGUGUUUAAACGGGCACCAUGACUGUGACGACACCCAGAACUGCACCGACAAGCUGCAAGGGUUUGAGUGUCUCUGUCGGAAUGGCUACAUGCAGGAUAGUGGGCUCGGACUCUGUAAGCCGGUGUGCGAACAAGGCUGUGUCAAUGGGACGUGUGUGCAGCCCAACAGCUGCCAAUGUCAUUUUGGGUACGUGGGCCCAAACUGCUCGGUGCAGUGUCAGUGUAACCAGCACAGCAACUGUGAGAGUGUCAGUGCCCGUGACCGCUGCCUACAGUGUGUCAAUAAUACCAAGGGCGAUCACUGCGAGAAGUGCCAGCCGCUGUUCGUGGGUUCGGCUGUGGCUGGAGGCCUAUGUAAACCUUGUAGCAACUUCUGUAACAACAACAGCCACAUCUGCAUCAUGAGGGAGCAGUACGAGAGAGCCAAGGCUAACCCUGAGAAAUACUCGCUGGAACCUGCCAUGAUCACAGACUGGCUGAACGAGGGACCGUGGGAAGAUAACGCUGUCUGUGUCCAGUGUCAGAACAACAGCUCAGGGGAGCGCUGUGAAUCGUGCCUGGAUGGUUUCUUCCUGCUGGAUGGGAAAUGCACCAAGUGUCAGUGCAAUGGACACUGGGAUAGAUGCCGGGUGACCGAUGGUACUGAGUGCCAGUGUCAGAACAACACAGAGACCAGCUGCCCCACAGCUCAGACCGACAAGAGGGACUGCUACAAAUACCAGUGUGCCCGCUGCAAGGAGAACUUCCUGGGGAACCCGACCAAUGGGCGGCAGUGCUACAGGCAGAUCACUGUGGAGCAGGAGUACUGCUUCGACCCGACCUCGCAGAGCAACUGCUACCACGAGCCCAACAUCAAGAACCUGCCGCUGGGGCGCAGCGUUCUGUUUGCUGUGCAGCCCAAAUUCACCAAUGUGGACAUUCGUAUCACCAUCGACGUCACCUUCGGCGGCGUCGAUGUCUACGUCUCGAACUCGCACUCGGCCUUCACGGUGAGCGUGGACCCGCGAACUGGCUUCCACCGGGUGCAGGUGGGUGACCCCGAGGCGCGGAGGGAGGCCCCCGGACUGAGGCGGAAGCGGUCGGCAGCCUACAACGCCAGCGCGGUGCUGCCCGAGGGCCCGGAGCGGGUGAGGGAGGAGCAGGCGGAGGGUCUCACCACCUACGUGACGGUGGGAAGCCGGCACACGGUGCUCGUGGUACGGGCGGUGAGGGAAAGGCUGGUGGUCACCUACCCAUACGAGCUGCACGCCCUCAAGACCCAGCGCUUCUUCAUGGUGCUCCUGGGCGUGGGCAACGGGGAGACAGGUGAAUCCCAGGGCCUACUCUUCUUCCGGCAGGACCAGGCCCACAUCGACCUCUUUGUCUUCUUCAGCGUCUUCUUCUCCUGCUUCUUCCUGUUCCUCUCGGUCUGCGUCCUCCUCUGGAAGCUCAAGCAGUUUGUCAACUUCCAGCAGGAACACCGGCGCCACAUCCAGGAGAUGAACAAGAUGGCGAGCCGCCCCUUUGCCCACUUGGCCGUCUACCUGGAGCCUGACCCCGAGCUGCUCCUCCUGCCCCUCCGCCACCAGCUGGGGCCCAGGCUGAAGUCCAACAGGUGUGAGGGUGGCCUCCUGCCCCAGAUCCUCGGCCUGGCCCAGCCCGGCUUCCGGGUGGGGCCCAUCACCCUGGAGCCCACCGAUGAUGGCAUGGCCGCUGUAGCCACCCUCAUGUGCCAGCUCCCCGGAGGCCCACUGGCCCCUAACCGGGCCUGCCUGGGCUCGGCACUGGUCACCAUCCGGCACAACCUGCAGGAAUACUGCAGCUCAGUCCACGGGCCUAGUAACUCCAGGAAGGCCGGGGGAGGGGGCGUCAGCCAUGAUAACCUCACCAGCAUGUCCAUGUGAGCCAUCACCGCGAGGGGAGGGAUUAGGCACUGUGAGUGAGGGGAGGGCUGGGAUAGGGG